AUGCAACCCGGUGACAUGCUCGUCUACCGAGGAGACCUGCCACAUGCUGAAGAGGCAAGCUCCAAGCGCAACUUACGGAUUCAAGGGUGUUUGAAUGUUGACGGCAUCGACCGCAAUGCGGGGGUGGUUGAGCGGGUUGCGUGGGCGUUCUACCGAUGCGUGCACUGCUUCAAGAGGUGUUACGGUAAGCGAGUUUUAUCGAACCACGUGCGAUACUGCAACGACAACCCGGACAAGGAGAAGAUCGCUACAAAGCGCAAGCAAAACAACGACAAAGGUGCCGACGGUAGUAUUGAUGGUGACAACGCUGACGACAGCACUGAGAAGUAA